AUGUCGCUCGUGCAGCAUGUUUCCUCCCUCGAGGGUGUCGACCAUGACCCAGAAGCUGAAAUUGAUGAAGACUUCACGCCUAUUACCCGCAAGAUAAGCUACGAUGUGCUACAGCCACCAAGUCAACCUGUCCCGGUGGAGGAACAACCACCGGCGACCCCUGCCUACAAAGUUUCCGCCGUGAAGAGAUUGACGCAGGUCAUCUUCACCGUUCUGGCGUGCUGGGUGGCAUCAGGUAUUUUGUUUGGAUAUGCAGCGCUGAAGCCCGUCCUCGUUGCAGAAGGUGUCUAUCACAACCAAUGUACGGAGGAUGAACUGCAAGAAGGAGUCGAACUUUGUGUUCAGCAGGAUUUGAGCCUCAAUCUCUGUUUCACUAUUGCGUCCAUCACGGCGAACGUCUCCGCACUGCCUGUCGGGACGAUUCUUGAUCACUACGGAUCGCGAAUUUGUGGCCUGAUUGGGAGCGUGCUGCUUGCAAUCGGCAGCCUUUUCAUGUCAUUUUCAUUCCUUUGGCCCAGAUUCCAAGGCUUCGUCGCGGGCAACUUCUUCUUGGCAUUUGGCGGAACUUUCAUCUUCGUUCCAUCCUUCCAAAUUGCAAAUGCGUUUCCCAAACAUGCGGGCUCCAUCGUUGCGCUUGUGACAGGCGCAUUUGAUGCCUCUGCCGCUGUCUUUCUCCUCUAUCGGCUCGUUUACGAGGCCUCAGAUCGGAAAUUUACUCCAGAUAAAUUCUUUCUGGGCUAUCUAGCCGUCCCGGUGCUGAUUGUCAUUGCCCUUUUAUCUUUCAUGCCACAGCGUGAUUACUCUUCAACACUUCGCUUGGAGAACAAGCUUGAAAAAGCCGAAGAUCCCACGCGCGACCUGCAUGACUCUGAUCUUGAAAUCGACAGCGACAGGGAGUUACAGCGAGUACGCCGUAAGCGUGCCGAGCACCGCCAGAAAAUCAUCGAAAACAUCAACGAAGUCCUCGGUGACGAAGAUGAGAGACAGCAACGAGCCGAGCGUGAGGAAGAUCGUCACCAAAUCAGUCAGGUCUGGGGUGUUUUACAUGGACUGCCAGCUCACAGACAGAUGGCGACCCCAUGGUUCAUCUUCAUCACUCUAAUGACAAUCAUACAAAUGGUGCGAAUGAAUUAUUUCAUUGCAACAAUUCGAUCGCAGUACGAGUACAUGCUUAGAUCUGUUGAGGAUGCUGAACGAAUCAACGACUUUUUCGAUGUUGCGCUACCCGUUGGUGGUAUUCUAUUCACUCCUGUUAUUGGGGGACUGUUGGAUCGCCUCAGUGUACCAGCGACGCUCAGCCUUAUUGUGGCUUUCACCACGAUCAUUGGCGUCCUGAAUUCUAUCCCGGCCAUAUGGGCAGGGUACAUGACCAUCAUUCUUUUCGUCCUGCUGCGGCCUCUUUAUUAUUCAGCCAUGUCUGACUACGCGACUAAGGUCUUUGGCUUCGCAACUUUCGGUCGGGUCUAUGGAACAAUCAUCUGCCUUUCUGGACUCGUCAAUUUCUCUCAGUAUUGGUUGGAUUCCCUUACCCAUGGCCCAUUUAAUGGAAAUCCAGUUCCGAUUAAUGUGGCCUUGGUGAUUGCCGGUUUCGUUGUCGGUGUUUUGCUUGUAGGGUACGUCGCUGUGGCGGGUCGGCGGCUCAGAGCUGAAGAUGGCGACGAGGAUGAGCGCGAACCAUUGUUGUUGGAGGUAGAUGAGGAAGAAUGA